AUGGCGCAUAUAUUUUUGCAUGUGACGAAUAUAAAUACAACCAGCAGUUGGGUGAAUACAACAUUCUCUGACUCAACCAUGUCAGGCAAAGCACCAGCACCGAAGAAAGGCUCCAAGAAGGCCGCAUCCAAGGGCGCGGGCCCGAAGGGCAAGAAGAGGAGAAGGCCAAGGAAGGAGAGCUACGCCAUCUACGUCUACAAGGUCUUGAAACAGGUCCACCCCGACACCGGAAUCUCCUCCAAGGCUAUGGGCAUCAUGAACUCCUUUGUCGGUGAUAUUUUCGAGCGCAUCGCCGGUGAGGCCUCUCGUCUGGCCCACUACAACAAACGCUCCACCAUCACCUCCAGGGAGAUUCAGACCGCUGUCCGCCUGCUGCUGCCCGGAGAGCUGGCUAAGCACGCCGUGUCUGAAGGAACCAAGGCUGUGACCAAAUACACGAGCUCCAAGUAA